GCUAGUUUUGAGUGUUUUUGUCUAAUCAGGUGCCUCUCACUUGGGACUCCCUCACUAGUGCGCUGACUACUGAACUAAAGAGCACUGAUUGAGACGCACCCAGAGCUUCAGUUCAUUUUUCUUUCAGUUCUUCUCAUCUUAAUCAGGACAGAGUGUCCAAACACAGAGAAACUCCCGCUGAAGCGACUGAGAGCCUCGGCACACACUUAUAAAGAUGGCGUUUAUUAAAGAGGAGACUGAAGACUUCAGGAUUGAAGAAGUGUUCAGUCUGAAACAAGAAGACACCGAGGAACAAACAGACCUAAUCGCAAUGAAAGAGAAAGAAGUACUGAGUGAAAUUGAAGAGAAAGAUCAAUAUGGGAAUCUUCAUGAUUUCAGAACUGGAGAAAAAUCUUUCAGACGUUCGCAGACUGAAAAGACUUCCACACGAAAAAAAGCUCAAAGAAGUUAUUUCACUUGCUUUCAGUUUGGAAAGAGUUUCAAUCAACAAGGAAACCUUAAAGUCCACACUGGAGAGAAGCCUAUCACCUGCCAACAGUGUGGAAAAUGUUUUGCUAAACAUGGAAACCUUAAAGUUCACAUGAGGAUUCACACUGGAGAGAACCCUUUUACCUGCCAACGGUGUGGAAAAAGUUUUACUCAACAUGGAAACCUUAAAGUUCACAUGAGGAUUCACACUGGAGAGAACCCUUUCACCUGCCAACUCUGUGCAAAAAGUUUCACUCGUAAAGAAAGUAUUGACAGGCACAUGAGAAUUCACACUGGAGAGAGGCCUUACACAUGCCAACAGUGUGGAAAGAGUUUCAGCCAACUUGGAAAUCUUAAAGCCCACGUGAAAAUUCACACUGGUGAGAGCUUUUUUACCUGCCAACAGUGUGGAAAAAGUUUCAAUCAAAAAGAAAUCCUUAAAAGGCACAUGAGAAUUCACACCGGAGAAAAGCCGUACACAUGCUCUCAAUGUGGAAAAAGUUUCCAUCAACAUGGAAACCUUAAAGCCCACAUAAAAAUUCACACUGGGGAGAGCCCCUUUAUCUGCCAACAGUGUGGACAAAGUUUCAAGCAUAAAGUAAGCCUUAAUAAGCACGUGAGAAUUCACACCGGAGAAAAGCCUUACACAUGUCAGCAGUGUGGUGAGAGUUUUGCUCAGCGUGUAAACCUUAAGGUCCACAUGAGAGUCCACACUGAAGAGAACCCUUACACAUGCCUUCAGUGUGGUGAGAGUUUUGCUCAACUUGGAAACCUUAAAGUCCACAUGAGAGUCCACAAUGGAGAGAACCCUUACACGUGCCAACAGUGUGGAAAGAGUUUUGCUCAGCGUGUAAACCUUAAAGCCCACAUGACAAUACACAAUGGAGAGAGUCCCUUCACCUGCCAACAAUGUGGAAAAAGUUUCGCUCAUAAAGGAAGCUUUAACGUCCACAUGAGAAUUCACUCUGGGGAGAAGCCCUACACCUGCCAACAGUGUGGAAAGAGUUUCACUCAAAAAGGAAGUCUUAACUGGCACAUGACUGUUCACACUGGAGUAAAGCAUUACACCUGCCCUGAGUGUGGAAAGAGUUUUGCUCAUCAUGGAAACCUUAAAGUCCACAUGGUAAUUCACACUGGAGAGAGCCCUUUCACCUGCCAACAGUGUGGAAAAUGUUUCACUCGCAAAGAAAGUAUUGACAGGCACAUGAGAGUUCACACUGGAGAGAAGCCUUACACAUGCAAACAGUGUGGAAAGAGUUUCAGUCAACAUGGAAACUUUAGAGUCCACAUGAGAAUUCACACUAAAUAGAACACUUACCCCUGCCCUCAGUGUGGAAAGUGUUUCACUCAAAAAGAAAUCCUUAAUAGGCACAUGUGAAUUCACACUGGAGAGAACCGUCGUAGUUGCUCACAGACUGAAAACACUCCCUCAUGAAAAAUGGCUCAAAAGAGAGGGACUAGAAUUAAUUUCAGCUGCUAACAGUGUGGAAACGGAUUCAAUCAAGGAAGCUAUUACAGGCACAUGGAAAUUCGCACUGUUGAAGCCUUACACGUGUGGAAAGACUUUCAGUAAUAAAGGACACUUUGAAAUCCACUUGAGCAUUCACACCGGAGA